CGGAUCUGCAUCCGGACGUGCGGCUGUUUGUGAAGUUAUACCAAGGCCUGCAGUGGCUGCUUCCGUUGGUUUCGGCUGACAAAGGUUCAGGUUCAUCUGCUCGUAGAGAAUUGACUAGAUCUUUCACCGCGGAAGGGCCUGAGACGAGUGACGGUGAGGAAAGUGAAAGUUUAACUGACGGUGAAUCUUCAUCAUUAUCAAAAGAGCUGCAAUUAUCCGACGCCGGCGCUGCAGCCGCGGCGGAGCUGCAGCUGCAGGAGUUUGCCCAAGACGUGAAGGACGAGUUCCUGCACCUCUACAGGGUGACAAGAAAAUCUUCGAAUCAAAAGCUGCGAACAAAGAAAUCCAAAGCGAAGGGAACAAGUCGUAGGAAAUCUUCGAACAAAAAGCUGCGAUCAUCAAAGAAAUCCAAAGCGAAGGGAAGUACAAGUAGUAGAACCAAGUACAAGGAGUUCACGUUUGUUCCAUCCAUGGGGUGGCAACAGGAUCUGCUGGAUAACAAUUUGAUCUCGCCACAAAAUCACGAGCAGAUCAUGUUGGCGGUAUGGGAAGAGAAGCAAAAAUCUGGGGAAGAAGAGAAGAUGGAGAGAAGAAGUAGCGGUCGUGCAGCCGGAGCUGCAAGUCGUAGUCCGUCCUCGACGCGGGCAUCUUCUGACACACCGUCCACCUCCGCGUCCUCCACCCCGAACAGUAGUACAACUGUGGAACAAAGAACCGAAAUGAUGAAAAACCUCACAGCAACAGCUGAUAAUCGAGCAGCUUGGCUGGAGCAGAAGAAGCAGCGUUUCGCGCUGCACAGAAAGCUGCUUAGAAACGGU